CUUAUUAGGAAACACAGAAACCAAAGCUUUGUCUCCCUCUCCAGGGUUUCAGGUUUCAUCCCUCUUCCUUAGUUCAGGAAAGAUUUUUCCUCUCAGUUCAGAGAUGCCUGCUAUAGAGGCUGAAGAGACUCCCAUGAACAUGCUAAAAACAGAAACAUCUACCCCAGACCACCUACGAGAGGGAGACAUGGGUAAAAAGCAGCAAGGAAAAUGUCUCAGAAAGAGCCCCACCCAGCCUCGUGUUAAGCUUUACUGCUGCUAUGCAGUGAUCAUGGUCCUCAGUGUAGCUGUAAUUGCACUUUCUUUUGCUUUGUCAGGAUUUAGAAGCUCUUCAAGAGGAGAAAAGUGUUCUGGUCCUGUAAAGGAUAAAAAUGUUGAAGUGAAAAAGGAAAAUGAAGUCACAACACCCCCUGCACCAUGCUUUGCCACUUGUCCAAAUGACUGGAUUGGAUUUGGAAGCAAAUGUUUUUAUUUUUCUGACGUUGAGAGAAAUUGGACAUUAAGUCAGAACUACUGCAUGGCACAUGAGGCCCAACUAGCUGGAUUUGAAACUCUGGAGGAGUUGAAUUUCCUGAAGACAUAUGCGUGGAAAUUUCAGUACUGGAUUGGCUUGCACAGAGAAUCAUUACAACACCCUUGGAAGUGGAUAAACAGCACUGAAUAUAAUAACUUGGAACCUGUCCUAGGAGAUGACAACUGGGCCAUACUGUCUAUGAAGGAGAUCUCCAGUAACAAGAGCUUCGUAGAAAAAUACUCUAUUUGUAGCAAACCCAACAGCUACACAUAUUAGUAUUCAGUGCCCAGUAAUUUUUUAUCUAAGGUAGAGAAAUUGUCAAAGUAUUUGUGAAAAACCUGUUAUAUCUUACCCAUGGUUUAUGUUACAUUAUAUCAAAUCAAUUCAUAAUGUUUGAUGGCACCAGGGAUGAGAACUAUCUUAGAGGACUAUACUUUCAGAUACUUGGGAGAGAGACCAUAGAUGAUUGUACAUUAAAUAGGUGUUCAGGUAUGAGUUGGUACUCAUAUUUUAAGCCUAAAGUACAAUAAAAUUUUUUGUGACCUCUA